AUGGGUGGAAAGACUUGGUCUGUAGACGAAGAACGAAUGCUCUGGGAAGUUGUCGUUCCUCGCUCAGUAGCUGCUGCCAACCCAGCUGAUCGACGCAUGAGCUGGGAGCAAUGCGCUCAAUAUAUGAACGACAAUGCUGGUGACAUCGCUCAACGGAACUAUACUAAGAACAUGUUAUACGAGCAUCACUACCAGAACAUCGUCAAGGGCGGUUCUUCGCCGAAUGCUGGUCCAUUUGUUGAACGGCACCUACGCUUGAUCGAAUGGUACAAGAACCACAGAUCGCCUCCACCAGCUAGCCCCCCUCCAGUUCCACGAACCCUUCAGAACCCUGAACUUACUGCGCUUUUGAGCCAGCAGUCGAAGCCCAAGAGAAGACGGGGCAAGAAUGUAGCCAAGACCCGACUCGCGGAGAAUCAAAAUGCACUGCCCACUAUCGAUGAGUAUGGACCUAGACCUGGAGCUGGAGCUGGACCGAGUGGCUCAGGCACAUCCAACGUCUCAUAUCUUCGUUCAUUCGCUCCGUACGAAGGGGCUCAACAGCAGCCUUGUGAAGAAAACCAGUCACCCCCAGUCGAUCCGAGGGCCAAGUAUGCACUCGAUUUUCGCCCGCUGCCUAGAACAAUUCGUGCUGCUAGACCUGGAGGCAACUUCUUGAGCCGGCCCAUGGAGAAAGUGGAAGGCGGGCUCUGGCGCCUCGUACCUGAAACUUGGGAGGACGAGAACCUUGGAGAAUCGAUGUCCACAGUCCCGCGAAACAGCGAUGUUCAGGCUCGAUAUUCCAGGGCACAGGAGGAAAGCUCAUGGACUCGGCCAUAUACUGUGCCCCCGCAGCAGGCCCCUCAGGGACCUCAGGGAGGGGGCCUACCUUCUAUCCGUCAAGCAUUUCCUUUCAUCAACUUUAGACAGCCUCCGAACUCCGCAACCUUUCAUGAGACAUCACAUCAGACUGCCAAGCGCGGCUACAGUGGCGGUCAGGACCAGAAUCAGGCCCCUAAGCGACGAAGACUUCCUGAUCACCCUCUCCCCCGUCAAAGCAAUUCGCAGCAACCGAAUCAGAGAAAAUAA